AUGAUUUUGGAGGGUAGCUUGGAUUCAAAUAUAGAAACGUUGACCCAGAGAGCCAUAAGGUUGUAUCAUGAAAGAAAGGAUAGCAGCCAAAGGUUAAUUGUAUCUGUGGCAGGUGUUCCAGGAUCAGGAAAAUCAACUAUAACUGGGAAAGUAUGUAAAAGCCUUAACAAGACGUUAGGCAUGCAAAUUGCCAUUGUUUUACCACAAGAUGGAUUUCAUUAUUAUCGUAAAGAGUUAAUGGCUAUGAACGAUACAGAUGUGCUUAUAAAAAGAAGAGGUGCUCCCUUUACUUUCAAUAAUUCGCGGUUUCUCCAAUUGGUGAAGGAGGUUAAAGAAUGCGGAAACGCUACGAUAUUUGCACCAAGUUUUGAUCACGAGCUAAAGGACCCACAAGAAAACUCUAUAGAAAUAUCUCCACUGGUGAAGAUAAUCUUACUUGAAGGUAACUAUGUUCACCUAAAAGACGAUGGAUGGAGAGAGAUACACAGACUUAGUGACGAAAAAUGGUUGGUAUUAGCAGACUUGGACACGAUCAAACAUCGGCUAGUGCAAAGACAUAUCCUGGCUGGUAUAUGUUCUACAAUAGACGAGUCAGUAAGUCGAGUCGAAUCUAAUGAUUUGGUUAACGCAAAUUAUAUUGUUGACCAUUCUGUUCAACCGGAUAUUAUCUUCAUGAACCAAUGA